AUGGAGGCGGCGAUGGCCGGCCUGGAUGGCGUCGUCGGCGGCGGCGGCCGCAUGGACGGCGGUGGCCUCAUGGGGUUCACGAACCACCGGUUCCCGUUCAGCGCGCCCCGCUACAGCUUCGGUGUUUCGCCUCUCGCCAAUUCCAGGUCGUUCCCGAAGAUCGUCGACUCGGCGGCGGACGACGCCACCGCGGCGGCGGCACAGCAGCAGCGCCCUCGGGCGGGGUCGGCGGCGGGCGCGGCGUACGACGACUGCUGCGAGCGCGUCGUCGUCAACGUCAGCGGAUUGAAGUACGAGACGCAGGCGAAGACGCUCGACCUGUUCCCAGACACGCUGCUCGGAGACCCGCAACGACGCGUCCGGUUCUUCGACCCGCUGCGCAACGAGUACUUCUUCGACCGCAAUCGGCCGAGCUUCGACGCGAUCCUCUACUACUACCAGAGCGGCGGACGACUGCGGCGGCCCGUCAACGUGCCGUUGGACGUCUUCACCGAGGAGAUCAAGUUCUACGAGCUCGGCGAGUCGGCGCUCGAUAAGUAUCGCGAGGACGAGGGCUUUAUUAAGGAAGAGGAGAGGCCGCUGCCGGAGAACGACCUCCAGCGAAAGAUCUGGUGCCUGCUCGAAUACCCGGAGACGUCGCAGUGGGCGCGCGUCGUCGCCAUAUUCUCCGUCUGCAUCAUCCUCAUGUCGAUCAUCAUCUUCUGCAUCGAGACACUGCCGUCGUUCAAGGUCUACCGCGUUGUCAACCGGACGGGUCACGCUCGCGUCCUCGAGGACACCGUGCCGACGCUCGAUGACACUUUCUUCGUCAUCGAGACGGUCUGCAUCGUCUGGUUCACCGUCGAGCUAUCGCUGCGUUUCGGCUGCGCGCCGUCGAAGGCCGUCUUCUGCCGCAACAUCAUGAACGUGAUCGACCUCGUCGCGAUCGUGCCCUACUUUGUUACGUUGACGACGGGCUUGCUCAGCGACAAGGACGCCGCCGCGGCGACGAGCAGCCAGGCGACGUCGCUAGCCAUCAUCCGCGUCAUACGCCUCGUGCGCGUCUUUCGCAUCUUCAAGCUGUCGCGACACUCCAAGGGCCUGCAGAUCCUCGGCCAGACCCUCAAGGCGAGCAUGAGGGAACUCGGCCUCCUCAUCUUCUUCCUCUUCAUCGGCGUCAUCCUGUUCUCGUCGGCGGUGUACUACGCCGAGCAGGACUCCGGCAUGGACUCUCACUUCAAGAGCAUCCCCGACGCGUUCUGGUGGGCUGUCGUCACCAUGACGACGGUCGGCUACGGCGACAUGCGCCCGAUCAGCGUCUGGGGGAAGCUGGUGGGGUCGAUGUGCGCGAUCGCGGGCGUGCUGACGAUUGCGCUGCCCGUGCCCGUCAUCGUCUCCAACUUCAACUACUUCUACCACCGAGAGAGCGACAACUCGGAGGUGCUCGGCCUCCCAGCGUCGACGACGUCAGGCGGCGGAGCGUCGUUGCGCGGCGACGAUGACGACGACGACGACGACGCGGCGUCGUGCGACUCGCUGAACGACGGUCGCCACGACGACGGGACGCGGCGCGCGCGCUCGAUGACGGGAAGCUUCGCGAGUAGCUCCGACAUCGUCGAGAUGGAGGAGGGGCUUCGCAGCGGAAGAGGAGGAGGAGGAGGACGAGGCGGGGCGAAGCGGCGGCGGAAGAAGCAGUACACGCUGUGCAACCAGAGCCACAAUAACUUGCACGCGCUGAGCGUGGAGACGGACGUAUGA